AGCCUGAACCCAACUAAGAGGCUUUUUUUUUUCCCUCUCCCUCUCCCUCUCUCUCUCUGCCACAUCUGUAACAUUUUUCUAGUCAUUAUCUGAAUUAAACUAGACAAUUCCAUGUGAAUUGUCUGUUUUCUCCCUCUCCCUCUUUGCCUCUCUCACUUUUUGACACAUUUUAUCUUCCCAGGUUCUAGACCUUUAAGAAAACUAGAGCACUUUCCAAAGGAACGGCUAUGGAGAGCGGUGGGCCAAAGGUGCUAGAAACAGCAGAAGAGAUCCAGGAGAGGCGUCGGGAGGUGUUGACUCGGUACGAGAAGUUCAAGCAGCUGGUUGCUGAGAGGGGCCAGAAGCUCGAAGAGUCCUACUAUUACCAGGUUUUCAUGCGGGAUGCAGGUGACCUGGAGAAGUGGAUCUUGGAGAAACUGAAGAUUGUAGAAGAUAAGAGCUAUGAAGAUCCAACUAACAUACAGGGGAAAUACCAGAAGCAUGAAUCUUUCGAAGCAGAGGUUCAAGCAAAAUCAAGGAUCAUUCCUAAGCUGGAAGAAAGCAGGGAAGUCCGAUUUCCUGAGGGGCAUUCUGCCCAUGAGGACACCAAGGCCUAUCUGGAGGAAUUGCGCCGCCUGUGGGACCUGCUGAUAGAACUGACUCGGGAGAAGGGCACCUUCCUUCGGCAGGCUCUGAAGCUCCAGCAGUACUUACAGGAGUGUGCCGACAUUUUGGAGUGGAUUGGAGACAAGGAAACGAUAGUGACAUCGGUUGAACUGGGUGAUGACUGGGAGCGCACGGAGGUUCUGCGUAAGAAGUUUGAAGAAUUCCAAGUGGACCUGGAAGCUCGGAGGGGGAGAGUGGACGGAGUGAACCAAUAUGCUAAUAAGUGUGCUGAGGAGAACCAUCCACAGCUGCCCUUGAUUAAGUCAGAGCAAAGCAAGGUGAAUGAUGCCUGGGAGCGUCUCCAUGGUCUGGCUCUCCAGCGACAGCAAACACUGUUCAGUGCUGCAGACUUCCAGAAAUUCAAAAGAGAUGUGGCUGAAGCCAUCCUGUGGAUCAAGGAGAAGAAGCCUCAACUCACCUCUGAGGACUAUGGCAAUGACCUUGCUACCUCUGAGGCACUGUUUCACAGUCACAAGGGACUUGAGCGGAACCUUGCAGUCAUGGAUGACAAGGUGAAGGAAUUAUGUGCCACAGCAGACAAGCUGAAGCUCUCCCAUCCUGCAGAUGCACCUCUGAUCCAGGAGAUGGAGGAGAAUUUGGUCUCCAACUGGGAGGACAUUCGUGCUUUGGCUUCUGACAGAUAUGCAAAGCUGCACACUUCUUUUUGUUACUGGCUUUUCUUAUCUGACUAUGAUGAACUCUCAGGCUGGAUGAAGGAGAAGACUAAUCUGAUCAAUGCUGAUGAGCUGCCCAACGAUGUGGCUGGUGGAGAAGCCCUACUGGACAGGCAUCAGCAGCAUAAGCAUGAGAUUGACUCUUAUGAUGACCGAUUUCAAUCGGUUGGUGAGACUGGUCAAGCCCUGCUGGAUGCCAAUCAUGAAGCCUCCACUGAAAUUUUGGAAAAGAUGACAGAACUUGGCAACAACUGGGCUGCCCUGCUGGAACUAUGGGACAAGCGUCAGCAUCAGUAUGAGCAGUGCUUGGACUUGCACCUAUUCUACCGUGACAGUGAGCAAGUGGACAGUUGGAUGAGUAGACAAGAGGCUUUCCUGGAUAAUGAGGACCUGGGAAACUCUGUAGGUGCUGUAGAAGCGCUUCUUCAGAAGCAUGCCGACUUUGAAGAAGGCUGCGCUAUCCAGGAGGAAAAGAUCACAGCAUUAGACAAGACUGCAACCAAAUUGAUUGACAAUGAUCAUUAUGAUUCAGAGAAAAUCGCUUCUAUCCGGGAUGGGUUGUUGACUCGGUGGGAUGCCCUAUGUGAAAAGGGUGCCACUCGGCGCGGAUUGCUGCAGAAUGCGUCGCGUCUGCAGAACCUGUAUCAGGACUCAGAUUAUCUAAAGAACUGGAUCAACAAGAAGAAAAAGUUGGCAGAUGACGAAGAUUAUAAGGAUACGCAGAACUUGAAAAGCCAGGUUCAAAAGCAGCAAGCUUUCGAAGCAGAGUUAGCAGCUGAAGAGAUCCGACUCAAUAGACUAAAGGAAACAGGCCAGGCAAUGAUUGAGAGCGGUCACUAUGCCGCCGACAGCGUGGCCGCACGAGUGGGUGAGGUCGCCAGCCUCUGGGAGAAGCUGCUGGAUGCUACAAGACAGAAAGGGUCUCAGUUGUAUGAAGCUAACCAGCAGCUGCUAUUUGAAAAUAAUGCAGAAGACCUGAAGCGCUUGCUAGAAGAGGUAGAAUAUCAGGCUAAGUCUGAGGAUUAUGGAGAAGGCCUGGCUGAUGUACAGAAUCUACUCAGGAAACACAACUUCUUGGAGUCUCGUGUGGCUGCUCGUCAGGAGCAGGUAGACACCAUCACAGACCUGGCGGCAUAUUUUGAAGAAAUGGGCCAUCCCGAUGCUGGAGACAUACGGGCAAGGCAGGAGUCCCUGGUGUCCCGGUUUGAAGCCCUCAAAGAGCCACUGGCUACCCGGAAGAAGAAGCUCAUUGACCUUCUUCGUCUGCAGCAGAUUUGCAGAGACACAGAGGAUGAGGAAGCCUGGAUCCAAGAGACUGAACCUUCGAUUGCUUCCACCUUCCUUGGCAAGGACCUGAUUUCAUCAAAGAAUCUUCUGAAUAGACACCAAGUCAUCCAGACUGACAUUGACAGUCAUGAGUCACACAUCCGCGUGAUAAUAGACAGGGGAAACAAAAUGAUAGAGGAAGGACACUUUGCUGCAGAAGAUGUGGCUUCUAGAGUCAAGAGUCUGAAUGAGAAUAUGAAGUCUCUCCAAGCUCGAGCUGCCAGACGGCAAAAUGAUCUUGAAGCCAAUGUCCAGUUCCAGCAGUACCUGGCUGAUCUGCAUGAAGCAGAAGCAUGGAUUAAAGAGAAGGAACCUAUUGUAGACAACACGAACUAUGGGGCUGAUGAAGAAGCAGCUGGGGUUCUUCUAAAGAAGCACGAAGCAUUCCUAGUGGACCUUCAUGCAUUUGGAAACAGUAUGCAAGCUCUACGGGAUCAGGCAGAAACCUGCCAGCAGCAGCAGGCUGCACCAGUGGAGGAAGCAGCUCGAGAAGAGUGGGUGAAGGCUUUAUAUGACUUCCAGGCCCGCAGCAACCGAGAAGUCACCAUGAAGAAAGGUGACGUCUUAAUUCUGCUCAAUUCAAUCAACAAGGACUGGUGGAAGGUGGGAGCUGAGGAUCACCAGGGUUUUGUGCCAGCUGUCUAUGUCAGGAAACUGGCCCAUGAUGAGCGUCCUGUGCUCCCACAAUGGUGGCAAAAAGAACCAGACAACAUCAUGCAGCGCCAGGAACAGAUUGAGAAACAGUAUCAAUCUCUCCUUGCUCGGGCAGAAGAACGCAGACGUCGUUUAUUGCAACGUUACAAUGAGUUUUUUCUGGCCUAUGAGGCAAAUGACAUGCUGGACUGGAUCCAAGAGAAAAAGACAGAAAACACUGGCAUCGAACUAGAUGAUGUUUGGGAGCUUCAGAAAAAGUUUGAUGAGUUCCAAACGGAUUUGAAGACCAAUGAGCCUCGACUGAGGGACAUCAACAAGGUUGCUGAUGAUCUGCUAUUUGAAGGGCUUCUAACACCAGAAGGAGCUCAAAUUCAGCAGGAAUUGAAUACCCGCUGGGGCUCUUUGCAGAAGCUUGCAGAGGAACAGAACCAACUGCUGAAGAGUGCUCAUGCUGUCCAAAUGUUUCACAGAGAAGCAGAUGACAUAAAGGAGCAGAUUGAGAAGAAGUGCCAGGCCCUCAGUGCAGCUGAUCCUGGCUCAGACCUGUUCAGUGUUCAGGCACUUCAGCGAAAGCAUGAGGGUUUUGAGAGAGACCUCAGACCCCUGGGAGAAAAGGUGUCCAUGUUGGGAGAGACAGCAGAGCGGCUCAGUGAGUCCCACCCAGAUGCCACUGACGACCUGCAGAAGCAGCAAAUGGAGAUGAAUGAGGCCUGGGAUGACCUACUUAGGCGCACAAAGGACCGUAAGGAGAACCUAAAUGAGACCGAGAAAUUCUACCUGUUUCUCAGCAAUGCCAGGGACCUACAGAAUUGGAUCAGUGGCAUUGAUGGCAUGGUAUCAUCAGAGGAGAUGGCUGAGGACUUAACUGGUACUGAGAUAUUGAUGGAACGACACCAGGAACAUCAUGCUGACAUGGAGGCUGAGGCUCCCACCUUCCAGGCCUUAGAAGACUUUGGUGUAGAACUUAUAGACAGUGGACACCGAGACAGCCCUGCAAUUGAAGAAAAGCUUCAAGCUGUCAGACGAGGGAGAGAUGAUUUGGAGAAAGCUUGGGAGCAACGCAUGAAGAUGCUAAAUCAGUGCCUAAAGUUUCAGUUAUUCCAAGGCCAAUGUGAUCAGGCUGAGAGCUGGAUGGUGGCACGUGAGAAUUCCCUGAGGUCAGAUGAUGAGGGUUCCUUAGACAGCCUGGAGGCCUUGAUGAAGAAACGUGAUGAUUUGGAAAAAGCAAUCACUGCGCAGGAAAAGAAGAUCACUGAACUAGAAAAUUUUGCUGAGCAGCUCAUAGCUGAUGACCACUAUGCCAAGGAAGAGAUUGCUACUCAGCUCCAGCGGGUGCUAGACAGAUGGAAGGCUCUCAAAGCACUAUUGAUUGCCGAGCAGACAAAAUUGGGAAACUGUGCCGACUUAAAACAAUUCUACCGUGACCUCGAGGACCUGGAAGAGUGGAUCAGUGAGAUGCUGCCCACAGCCUGUGAUGAGUGCUACAAAGACCCUACCAACAUUCAGAGGAAAUAUCUGAAGCACCAGACCUUUGAAAAUGAGGUUUCUGGCCGAGCUGAACAAGUAGAAGGAGUUAUCAACUUGGGGAACUCUCUGAUUGAGCAAAAGGCAUGUGAUGGCAAAGAAGAGACUGUGAAGGGUCAAGUGGAAGAGCUGGAGAAACACUGGGACUACCUGCUCGAGAUGACGACCGACAGAGGGCAGAAGCUCAACGAGGCUAGUCGCCAACAGAGGUUCAACACAGGCAUCCGGGAUUUUGAGUUCUGGCUCUCAGAGGCAGAGACACUGCUGGCCAUGAAAGAUCAGGCCAGGGACUUGGCUUCUGCAGGAAACCUGCUCAAGAAGCAUCAGCUAUUGGAAAAAGAGAUGUUGGCCCGAAAGGAUGCACUCAGGGACUUGAAUGAGUUGGCUACUGAACUGCUCUCUGGCGAAGUUUUCAAUGCUGAACAGAUUGUGGAGAAAAUAGAUAAUGUCAACAAGCGCUUCCUAGAUGUCCAGGAUCUAGCAGCUGCACACCAUGAGAAACUGAAAGAGAAUUAUGCCUUGUUCCAAUUCUUCCAGGACCUAGAUGAUGAGGAAUCCUGGAUAGAAGAGAAGUUGAUACGAGUGAGCUCCAAAGACUAUGGGAGGGAUCUGCAGGGGGUUCAGAACUUACUGAAGAAGCACAAACGCCUCGAGGGAGAGCUGAUGGCACAUGAACCUGCCAUCCAGAAUGUGCUGGACAUGGCGGAGGAGCUGGAAGCCAAGGCUGCUGUGGAGCAGGAAGAGAUCCAGGAGCGGCUGGCUCAGUUUGUUCAACACUGGGAGACGCUCAAAGAGUUGACCAAGGCUCGUGGGCUUCAGUUGGAAGAGUCCCUGGAGUACUUGCAGUUUAUGGAGAAUGCUGAGGAAGAGGAAGCUUGGCUCAAUGAAAAGGAAGCAGUGGUUGCCCGCAGGGAUUCUGGAGACACAUUGGCUGCUACUCAGAGUUUGCUAAAGAAGCAUGAAGCUUUGGAUACUGACUUUGCGGUCCAUGAGGCCCGAGUGCAAGAUGUGUGUGCUCAGGGAAGAGACAUACUGGAUAAGGAAGGAAGUCAGCAGAAGGAGAAGAUUUCUGCCAAGAUAAAGGCUUUGAGCGAGAAGACCCCUUCUCUGGCCCAGGCAAUAGCUUCUUGGAAGUUGCAAUUGGAAGACGAUUAUGCCUUUCAGCAGUUCAACUGGAAAGCUGAUGUGGCAGAGGCCUGGAUAGCUGAGAAGGAAGCAAGCCUGAAGACCAAUGGCAAUGAUGCAGACCUCACUGCCUUCCUCAGUCCCCUGGCAAAGCAGGACACACUGGAUGCCAGCGUGCAGAGCUUUCAACAAGAGACACUGAGUAAGAUAACUGAUCUGAAGGACCAACUGGUGGCUGCUCCGCACAGCCAAGCCAAGGCCAUUGAGGAGCGCCAUGCCGCCCUGCUGAAGCACUGGGAGCAGCUGCUGGAAGCCUGUACAUCCCACAGACAGAAAUUGUUAGAGAAACAGCUGCCCCUACAGAAGGCUGAGGAGCUGUUCAUGGAAUUUGCACACAAGGCUUCAGCUUUCAACCACUGGUGUGAGAAUGCAGAGGAGGACCUGUCAGAAACUGUGCACUGUGUCUCCCUAAAUGAGAUUCGCCAGCUGCAGAAGGACCAUGAGGACUUCUUGGCCUCCUUAACCAGGGCCCAAGAAGACUUCAAUGAUUUGCUAAAGCUAGACCAGGAGAUUAAGGCCUUAAAUGUGCCCUCCAGCCCUUAUACCUGGUUAACAAUGGAGGUGCUAGAAAAGAUGUGGAAGCACGUAGCUGACACCAUCAAGGAACGAGAGCAGGAGCUACAGAAGGAGGAGGAAAGACAGAUCAAGAACUUUGAUAUGUGCCAGGAGUUUGAACAGAAUGCCAGUGCCUUCCUUCAAUGGAUCUUAGAAACCAGGGCUUAUUUUCUGGAUGGAUAUUUGCUCAAAGAAACAGGAACUCUGGAAUCCCAAUUGGAAGCAAAUAAAAGGAAACAGAAGGAGAUCCAGGCGAUGAAGCGUCAGCUGACCAAGAUUGAGGAUCUGGGAGAAAACUUAGAAGAGGCUCUGAUUCUGGACAUCAAAUACAGCACCAUUGGGUUGGCACAGCAGUGGGACCAGCUCUAUCAGCUUGGAAUGCGAAUGCAACACCACCUGGAGCAACAGAUCCAAGCCAAAGACACCAAAGGUGUGAGUGAGGAGACGCUGAAGGAGUUUGACACGACCUAUAAACACUUUGAUGAGCACUUGACAGGGCGCUUGAGUCACAAAGAUUUCCGGUCCUGCCUGAGAGGACUCAAUUACUACUUGCCCAUGGUGGAGGAGGGUGAACCGGAGCCCACCUUUGAGAGAUUUCUGAAUGCUGUCGAUCCAGGGAGGAAGGGCUAUGUCUCAAUGGAAGACUAUACAGCAUUCCUAAUUAGCAAGGAAUCAGAGAACAUCAAAUCCAGUGAUGAAAUAGAACAUGGUUUCCAGGCCUUGGCAGAGGGCAAGGCCUAUAUUACCAAAGAGGACAUGAAGCAGGCUCUAACCCCAGAACAAGUGUCAUUCUGUGCCUCACAUAUGCAGCAGUACGUGGACCCACGGGGCCAAAGCCACCACGCUGGCUAUGACUAUGUUGGCUUCACCAACUCCUACUUUGGCAACUGAAAGCAGCUCUUACUAGAUCAUAUAAAGUCUUGCUGUGAUGGGAAGUACUGGGGAACGAAAGUAACAGGUGAAUACGGAGAGUAGGAAGAUAGUAGUGUGUGUGUAUGACAUUUAAUCCAGGACCUUAAAAAAAGACACAAACAAACAAAAAAAGCCUUUGGAGAUACAAGGCAUUAAUAGAGUGGGGAAGAGGAGACCGGGGGCUUAUUUUGUAUGAAAUUAAUCCCUACUGAUGGGUGCCAAGUUCUCUCUUUUUAAAAAUGAAUAAAUAAAUAAAUUUAUUAGAGUGACAUUGGUUAAUAAAAAUAUAUAAACU